CCCGAGGUCAUACUGAUUCGGUGGCGACUUUGACGUUGAAUGACCGUAUUUUAGCUUCUGGUGGUGAUGAUGGCAACGUCUACUUUUGGUGCUUAGAUCAAUCCUCUUUUCCAGUCCAGCAUAUUCCUCGGCGCAGCCCUUGUUCCGCCGUGAAGUUUGAUUUGGAUAAAUCGGAUGUUUUGUACAGUGCACAUGGUAACCGGAUUUACACAUGGGAUUUACGUUAUCUGUGUGAACCUUUGUCCGAAUGGAAGGUCAACGAAGAUGAGGUCAACUACAUAGACGUUCUGAAGGGUGAGUCUCGACUUGCCGCAGCUGAUGAUUCGGGUGCCGUUCAAAUUUUCGACACGUCCAGUGGUGAAGUUGUGCGAACUCUUAAGAAGCACGACAACAUAUGUUCGGUGGCCAAAUUCCGCCCAAUGCGAAGCUGGCAGCUAAUAAGCGGUGGACUUGACUGUCGUGUGAUUGUUUCAGACUGGAAGGGAACUGGUCGCAGUGUGAUUAUUUUCGAAUUGGACGAAAUUAUCAACUCAGAUUUGUUUGAGGAUCCACAGCCUGUUCCUACCCAUUCCAAUGAAUUUGCCAACCGUGCCUCCUCCGAAUCCCAGGCUAGCACCAGUGAGUAUGCAGAAGUUGAGUUCGAUGAAUUCGUGGAGACGGAUGAAGAAGCAGACGAUCCUGAUGAAGGGGAGUUGGCUACGACGCAUCCGUUAUCUUCUGGACACGUAGAUUCGUUGUCUGUUCGCAGUCGUGGUGGCGACUCUGCUUCUGGUGAUCCACACGUGUCUGAGUUCGAAAGAGGUCAUUCAGAUACAAACAUAUCUGAGCUAUUAAACUGGCAGCUCAGUGAACAGCCCGAUUCUUCGGACAUCGCACCCACAUCUAUCGCAGCCCAAGAUGCAUGGAUUUCCGGCCUCCCCAUAAAUCCCCCGAUGGUCCACAGCUUGGCCUGUUCUGCCUCUGGUGACUUUGUAGCCGCAGGUCUGGAGAAAAGUACCAUUGAGUUGUUUUCUGGUGACGGAAAGCGCCUCUCUCACAGAGAAUCCCUCUACGGCCAUCGUCGUGCCGUGUCUGCACUACAUUUCAUUGGGGAUAGUCACCUCGUUUCUGGUGGUAAUGACUACCGUUUGUUCGUGUGGACGCUCGGGGUUGAUGUGGACGGGCGUGAACUGUUACACGACGCCAAGGUUAACGCCAUUG